UAUAUAUAUAGUGUGUAAACUUAGAUAAGACAGAGCAAAAGAGAAAAAUGAAAAAAAUAAUAAUGGAAAACACAGUUUCAGCUACCUUUGUGAAUGAAGCACUAAACUAUAUAAUAUAAAAGAGAGAGAGAGAGAGAGAGAGAGAGAGAGAGCAUGUUCAUGCUUUGUCGGCCAUGACAUCAAUUUUCUAAGCUCUCAUUCUCUUAAUAUUCUUGUCAAAUCACACAAAGUGGGAUUUUCUACAAAAUCAUUUCGUAGGAGAAAAUAACCACUGACCCUUUUUCAUUUUCUUUAUCAUGAUCAUCAGAAAAGUGGGAAAUUUAUUGCACUUUCAUUUGUAUAGAACAAAACCAAGAUUUGUACUACUACUAUUACUACUAUUCAGGCCACUGUGACUCUUCUUGUUUUCUUUUCAAUCUUAGUCAGAGACCACAGUUUUACCAAGUAAAUAUACACCUGAGCUCAGUUGGAGUUUUCUUCUCUUGGUGGUGAUUCUCAGAAACUAAACUUCAAUUUCUAUUGAUGGAUUCUCUGUCUCUCUUUUUGGUGAUUGAAUUGUCUAUUAAGACAGGUAUGUAAAACCAGUCUACUUAUUUGAGUCUUCUUUAUAUGAUGAAACUGGUUUUUGAAGAACAUGUAGAGAAAAACUUUUUGUGUUUGGUAGCCAAUUAAUAAUUCAUGUUGUGAAAAAAAUCUUCUUACAAUGAGUAUGGAGAAAAUAUCAUGCAAUUUGUUGAUCACUGUACUUAUUAUGGCUACCCUUCUGGUUGAUGGGUCAGAGGGGCUUAAUGCUGAGGGUGAAUACCUUUUAGAUAUAAAAAGAAGCCUUUUUGAUACAUUUAAUCAUCUGGGUAAUUGGAAUCCUCAUGAUUCCACACCUUGUGGAUGGGAAGGAGUGACUUGCAGCAAAGACUAUUAUGAAGAGCCAGUUGUGCUGUUUCUUGACUUGAGCCUAAUGAAUCUCACUGGUACUCUUUCUCCUAGCAUUGGUGGAUUGGUUAACCUGACUUUGCUUGAUGUUUCUUUAAAUGGCUUGUCUCAGAAUAUACCAAAGGAGAUUGGAAACUGUUCAUAUCUGGAAACUCUUAAUCUGAAUAACAACAAUUUUGAAGGCCAAAUACCCUUAGAAAUUGGCAACCUCUCUCAUUUGUCAAUCUUGAAUCUGUGCAACAACAGAUUAUCUGGACCUUUUCCUAAAGAGAUUGGGAAUCUUGCUUCUCUAACCCAGCUGAUUGCAUACACUAAUAGGCUAACUGGGCCUUUGCCAAGUUCUUUUGGGAAUCUUAAAAACCUGGUAACUUUCAGAGCAGGAGAAAAUGAGAUCUCUGGAAGCUUACCCUCUGAGAUAGGUGACUGUCUAAACUUGCAGUUGCUGGGUCUUGCACAAAAUCAGCUGACUGGAGAGAUACCAAAAGAGAUUGGAAAGCUCAAGGAAUUGACUGCUUUGAUUCUUUGGGAUAAUCAGCUCUCAGGCUUUAUUCCAAAAGAGCUUGGGAACUGUACCAAGUUGGUGACUCUUGCUCUCUAUUUGAACAAGCUUAUUGGGGGAAUACCCAAAGAGUUUGGAAACAUGGUGUCUAUCCAGAAGUUAUACAUGUACAGAAAUCAAUUAAAUGGGACACUUCCUAGAGAGAUUGGCAACCUUUCACAAGCACUUCAGAUUGACUUCUCAGAGAACCUUUUGACUGGUGAGAUACCAAUGGAGUUGAGCAAGAUUUCAGGGCUGACAUUACUAUAUCUAUUUGAAAACCAAUUUGAAGGCCUUAUUCCAAAAGAGCUCACAAGAUUGAAAAACUUGACAAAGCUUGACCUCUCAAUCAACUCCCUCUCUGGUCCAAUUCCAGCUGGACUUCAAUACUUGAAAAACUUGAUUCAGCUUCAACUCUUUGGAAAUUCACUCACUGGCAUCAUUCCUCAGUCACUUGGAUUAUAUAGCUCACUUUGGGUGGCUGACUUGUCUGAAAACAGCUUGACAGGAAGAAUUCCCCGCCAUCUUUGCAGAAGUUCCAACUUGAUUUUGUUAAAUUUGGGGUCAAAUAGGCUCACUGGGAAAAUCCCAUCUGGGGUCACAAGAUGCAAGUCCUUGGUGCAGAUUCGUCUAGUUGGGAACAACCUUACAGGGAAUUUUCCAUCUGAUUUAUGCAAAUUGGUAAAUCUGUCAGCCAUUGAGUUGGAUCAUAACAGGUUCAGUGGUGCCAUUCCUCCACAGUUAGGCCACUGCAGAGCUUUGCAAAGGCUUCUGCUGUCAAACAACUACUUCACUUCUGAGUUGCCAAGAGAGAUUGGCAAACUUUCUGAGUUGGUGAUCUUUAAUGUGUCCUCAAACUCUCUUUCUGGAAGGAUUCCAUCUGAGAUUUUCAAUUGCAGGAUGCUGCAGCGGCUUGAUCUUAGCCAUAACAACUUUGUCGAUGAUUUGCCAAGCAAAGUUGGAACACUCUCACAUCUGGAGCUUCUCAAGCUUUCUGAUAAUAGUCUUUCAGGGGAGAUACCAGUCUCAAUAGGAAAUCUGUUGCGUUUGACUGAGCUUCAAAUGGGUGGAAACUCAUUUUAUGGUGGUAUACCAGCUGAGUUGGGCUCCCUUUCAAGCUUGCAGAUAGCACUGAAUCUCAGUUACAACAAUCUCUCUGGGGAGAUUCCUCCACCACUUGGAAAUUUUAUCUUAUUAGAAAACCUUAUGUUGAAUAACAACAAUUUGAGUGGUGAAAUUCCAAGCUCAUUUCAGAAUCUCUCAAGUUUACUUGGCUGCAACUUUUCAUACAACCAGUUAAAUGGGCCUCUUCCUGAUUUACCACUCUUUCGAAACAUGUCAGUUAGCAGCUACAUUGGUAACCAAGGACUUUGUGGUGACCCUCUUGGUGAAUGCAAAACAACACCAUCUUCUCUCCCAUGUCCUUCAGAUAUGACAAGGUCAGGCAACCAUGUUGGUAAAGUUAUUGCUAUAGUUGCAGCCUCCAUUGGUGGUGUUUCUCUCAUUCUAAUUGUGGUCAUUAUCUAUGUGAUGAGCCGUCCAGUUGACACUGUUGCUCCCUUGCAAGAAGAUAACAAGACAUUGUCUUCUACAACAGUUACUGAUAUCUACUUUUCCCCAAGGGAAGGAUUCACUUUCCAAGACUUGGUAAAAGCCACAGACAACUUUGAUGACAGAUUUGUAAUUGGAAGAGGAGCUUGGGGAACUGUCUACAAAGCAGUUUUGCCAUUCGAUCGAAAAAUUGCUGUCAAGAAGUUAGCAUCAAACAGGGAAGGAAACAGCGUGGACAGUAGCUUCCUUGCUGAAAUCCAAACCUUGGGACAAAUAAGACACAGGAAUAUAGUAAAGCUAUAUGGCUUCUGUUACCACCAAGGCUCCAAUCUCCUGCUUUAUGAGUACAUGUCAAGAGGCAGCUUGGGAGAAUUGCUCCAUGGAGCUUUCUGCAAUCUUGACUGGCCAACAAGGUUCAUGAUCGCCCUUGGCGCUGCUGAGGGCCUUGCUUACUUGCAUCACGACUGCAAGCCUUUGAUCUUUCACCGCGAUAUUAAGUCCAACAACAUUCUGCUUGAUCACAACUUUGAAGCUCAUGUUGGUGAUUUUGGCUUGGCAAAGGUGAUUGACAUGCCACAAUCCAAAUCUAUGUCUGCUGUUGCUGGUUCAUAUGGCUACAUUGCCCCUGAAUAUGCAUACACCAUGAAAGUCACAGAAAAAUGUGACAUCUACAGCUAUGGAGUUGUCCUUUUGGAGCUGCUCACAGGCAAAACACCAGUGCAGGCACCAGAACAAGGCUGUGAUCUUGUGACAUGGGUGAGAAACUACAUUCAUAAACACUCAGUAACACCAGGAUUACUCGAUGAUCGAGUAAAUCUAGAGGAAGAAACUACUCUCUCCCACAUGUUUAGUGUCCUCAAACUUGCUCUGCAUUGCACGAGCUUGUCUCCCUUAGAUCGCCCAACAAUGAGGGAAGUUGUCAUUUAUCUCACUGAGUCAAGUAAAAGAGAAGGGACACCUUAUGUGUCCCCAACUCUUGACAAUACUAAUUGAAAAUAAAAGAAAAAUAAGGAUCAACCACCUUUUAUUAUUGCAUAUAAUAGUUUGUACUGAUUUUUGUCCACCAGUAUGAGUCUUAAUUAAAGGUUCUUCACUCCAUAUCUGUGUAUGAUAUAUACAUAUAUAUCUAUAUUUAUAUAUAUAUAUAUAAUAUAUUCACUUCUUAUGGCAUAUGAGUCAGUAGGGUCUCAUUUCCUUGUAUUAUAUUAAAAAAAAAAAAAUUGCCAAGUAUAAAGAAAACCACCAUGUAUAUUGUCUGCAUUAAGUUGCAGUUGAUGUUUCUUCUAUUUCAUUUUUUAUUUUUAUCAAUUAUAUUUAUGCUAAUUUAU